CCCCAUGGGGUAAAUUUUGUUUUCAUAAUUGUCAAUCUGCAUGUGUUGGUGAAAUACCUAAUCAAUGUCCAUAUGAUAAUGAAUUAAGUCUUAUUAAAUGUCGUACUGCUAUGACUGAACAAGGUUAUUUAUUUUAUGAAUAUACAAUACCAAAUCUAACUGAAACAUGGUUAGGAUUAAACCAUAAUAAUAAUAAUAACACUUCAAUGGAUAAGGAUAAUCAUCGUAAUAAAAUAGAAGGUUUCUCAUGUAAAACAGCUGGAUUAGAAACACCAAAAAUUCCUUUAACUUUAGUUAAACCCAAUGAUAUUCAAUUGAAUACAAUGGAUCUAUCAAAGACUAAAACAUCAUCAUCAUCAUCUAAUUCUCAUUCAAUGAUAUCUCAUUUGAAUAAAACUAUAUCUAAUGAAUAUAAUACACAGAAAGAUGAAUCUAAUCCAUUGAAUAAUGGAAUGAAUCAAUCGAUUAAACGAAUCAAUUCUGAACUUAAAG